CCAGGCGGCGUCAGUGCUGUGUAGUUGUGGGAGUCGGGUAACGAAGACGUGGCUUCCAUAACGUCAAAGAGCUGAGGGGAUUUAAAAAAAUAUAUACAUUUAUAUUGUUCACGCUAGGGGUUAAAAAAAAGAAGUAGUUUAGCUUUUCAGCCAUUAUGGGUCUGAGGAAGAAAAGCAAAAACCCGGCCGUCUUCAGUCAUGAGUUCGUGAUCCAAAACCAUGCGGACAUCGUGUCGUGCGUCGCAAUGGUGAUCCUGCUGGGGCUGAUGUUCGAGGUCACAGCCAAGUUUGCAAUCAUGUUUAUAACCGUGCAGUACAACGUGACGUACACGGAUGUAGAUGAGGGAAAUGAUUCUAUCAGCUACUACGUGUAUGGGUUUAAAGACUUGGCCACCAUAUUCUUUUAUAUGUUGAUAGCUAUCAUUCUACAUGCUGUGAUACAAGAGUAUAUUUUGGAUAAAAUAAACAGACGACUACAUUUGUCCAAAACAAAGCACAGUAAAUUUAAUGAGUCCGGCCAACUCGCCUUCUUCUAUUUGUUUUCUUUUGUAUGGGGAGGAAGCAUAUUGACUGGAGAAAAAUUUACGACAGAUCCUACUCUCUUAUGGGAAGAAUAUCCACACACACAAAUGUUUUUUCAGGUGAAAUUUUUCUACAUUUGUCAGAUCGCCUAUUGGCUCCAUGCGUUACCAGAGCUCUACUUUCAGAAAGUUAGAAAGGAGGAUAUCGCUCGACAGCUGUACUACAUUUGCCUUUACAUAUUCCAAAUCACUGGUGCCUAUAUAUUAACCCUCCACAGACUGGGCUUGAUACUCUUGGUACCGCAUUACUUGGUAGAGCUUUUGUUUCAUGCAUCACGACUAUUUUACUUCAGUGAUGAAAACAAGCAAAAAGGCUUCACCCUGUGGGCUCUGCUUUUUGUAAUGGCCCGCCUUCUCACUUUGACGCUAUCUGUCCUCACUUUUGGCUUUGGCUUGGCAAGAGCAGAGAAUCAAGAUUUUUCAGUAGCAGAUGGAAAUUUCAACACAUUGACUGUCAGGAUUAGUUGCCUGGCAGCUAUUUGUCUAACUCAAGCAUGGAUGAUGUGGAAGUUUAUUAACUUCCAGCUGAAGAAGUGGAGAGAACACACUCAGAAUCAGAUCCCUAAAAAGAAAGUAGUUAAUACCAAGAACAAACCAUCAAAAAGGGAAUGUAACAAGUCGAAUGCAUCUAAUGGAACAUUGAAGACAGAAGGUGGGACAUCGCCACGUGCAAGGAAAGCAAAAGCUUCAUGAAGUUGGAUUUUAAAAUGAGAGCUGUCUGAAACAAAACUGUGAUAAUUUCAUCUGUUCAUCAUGUCUCGCCCUUGAACCGUUCAACUUUCUUUUUUUGCUAAUCAGAGUUGAGCAAAUAAAUUGAUGACAAAUCCCUUACGAGAGGCUCUUCUGCUUAUAGUCAUAUAAAAUAUGAAAUGAUGUCUGAAAUGGAGCUGUGUUUCAAGUUUUCAAAUAAUUUGGCUCUACUCUGAUGAGCAAUUUAUUUUUGUGCUUUCAGUUUUGGAAUGAUCUAUAAGAUGGGAAGGUAGCUGUGGUAAAUAGGGCGAGAGAGAAUUCAGCCAAUUUGGAUGCAUGUACCAAAGGCAUGUUACUAAUGUAACAGACACAAAACCUCUGUGUUUGCCUUAACGACAUGUUUGGAAUCAUGCAUUAGAUUAUCUUGUUAACUGGUGACUAGGUUUGUAACAACUUGCAUUUUGUUUAUUCAUUAAACCCUUUCUCCCCCCUGACCCCCCCCACAAAUGUUUUUUUUCUUUGCUUUUUUUGGGGGGGAUUGCAAAAACAUGACAGACUGUAACAAACUUCACACACGUUCAAGCACGCGGCUUUUCAGAUUUCUUUGUACUGUAUUUCCCUCAGUAUCCAAAGGAGAACUCUGCCUCACCCACCAUUACUGUGUAACAGUCUCCUGUGUUACACUAAACAUACUUUGAUCUCAAGGAUACAACAGUAUAUCAUUGAGCAAUGGCCAUUUCAUAGGUACAUAUGUUGUCUAAAUAAACAUGUAAUUUCUAUUGCUGUAGAGCACUGCAACUCAUUGGGGCUCUGUAGGAUCUUUUUAUAAGAUUAAUUAAUGCUGCCACUAAUGUCUGAACAUUUCGUAAACUGUUUUACUUUGAUAAUUUAAGGAAAACCUUUUGGGUGUGUUUGACUUCCAUCCCUGAAGACCCUCUCCUCAGUUCUUUAUUCAGGUGUCUUUGAUUUGACUUGCAAAGAAUGACCCUCCAGAAACGGCUAUGUUGCAGCAACAACGUAACUUAGCAAAAUAUUAUUGUGGGGGAGUUUUUUUUUUAAAGCUAAUUGAGCGCCACAGCCCAUUGUUAUGUGUUGUGUAUUCUUCAUCAUUUAGUAACUUUAAGAUUGUCAAAGUAGUGCUUUGCCGAUUAGAUGCAUGAUGGAGACUGUGCCUUAACGUGACAAAUGUUGUCUACUUCUGUACUCUUAAUACGACAAGGCAUCAAAAUAUAACCACUAUGUCAACACUGUCGAUUCUUUCAUCUCAAACAAAAGCAAACUUAUACCUUCUCAUAUUUUAAUAGUAUUUUUUUAAAGAUUGUUUAUUUUAAUCAAAUAAAAGUGUUUUACUGUUCUAAGAUGUCAGAUCUGGAACUAGCUUGUAUUUAAUAACAAUUGUCACCAAAAUUAUUUUACAUGACAGAACUGAGAAUUAUUUUAAAACACUUUAUUUUCCCAGACAACAGGAAUUCUGCAGAUGCUGGAAAUUCAAGCAACACACAUCAAAGUUGCUGGUGAACGCA